CAGGAGAACCGGAAGCGCCGCGGGAUCGGAGCAGGGAGCGCUACUAGCCGAAGCUAGCCGAAAGUAGCCGAAGCUAGCCGUAACCGAGCGGACCCCACGGACACCGCGUCUCUGUCAGAGCCGCAGCGACCCCUCAAACGGCCUGCUACCCACCGGGGACGUGUUACCGCUUUAGUUUCUACACUCCAUCUGAUCGGAGCUACUUCGUUCGGAUAAUAGUUUUUGUUUCAGCGUGUGCGUGGUCCAGGCUCUGAAGAUGUGGAAGGCAGCAGCAGGACAGUCGGUCAAAGUGGCCGUGGACGAGGGAGGAGACGACUGGGAGACCGAUCCAGACUUUGAGAACGACCUGUCGGAGAAGGAGCAGCGCUGGGGGGCCAAGACGGUGGCCGGCUCUGGGCACCAGGAACACAUCGACAUCCACCGGCUGCGUGAGACGGUGUCGACGGAGCACACCAGCCUGAAGCAGAAGGAGCUGGAGACCAUGCCCAAGGCCUCGCAUGGAUACGGAGGGAAGUUCGGAGUCCAGCAGGAUCGCAUGGACAAGUCGGCCGUGGGUCACGACUACCAGAGCAAGUUGUCCAAGCACUGCUCCCAGACGGACACGUCCAAGGGCUUCGGGGGGAAGUUUGGAGUCCAGGCGGACCGCGUUGACCAGUCGGCCGUCGGCUUCGAAUACGCCGGGAAGACGGAGAAACACGCGUCACAGAAAGACUACACCACUGGGUUUGGGGGGCGCUAUGGAGUGCAGGCAGACCGCGUCGACCAGAGCGCGGUGGGCUUCGAUUACCAGGGAAAAACCGAGAAACACGAGUCCCAGAAAGAUUACGCCAAAGGCUUUGGCGGAAAGUUCGGCGUGGAGACGGACAAGGUGGACAAGAGCGCCGUGGGCUUCGAGUACCAGGGGAAGACGGAGCGGCACGAGUCUCAGAAAGACUAUGUGAAGGGCUUCGGAGGAAAGUUCGGGGUGCAGACGGACAGGCAGGAUAAAUCCGCUCUGGGAUGGGACCACCAGGAGAAGCUGCAGCUCCACGAGUCCCAGAAAGACUAUAAGCGUGGGUUUGGAGGGCAGUAUGGGGUAGAGGUGGAGAAGCAGGACCAAUGUGCUCUGGGCUAUGAGCACAAGGAGCGUCUGGCAAAGCACGAGUCCCAGAAAGAUUAUUCCAAAGGAUUUGGAGGGAAGUUCGGGGUCCAGAACGACCGUAUGGACAAGAGCGCUGGGACGUUUGAGGACGUGGAGAAGCCGACUCCAUCUUAUCAGAAAACCAAACCUGUGGAGGCUGCCGGCAGCAGCACAGGCAGCAUCAAGGCUCGCUUCGAGAACAUCGCCAAGCAGAAGGAGGAGGAGGACCGCAAGAGGGCGGAGGAGGAGCGUGCUCGUCGGCAGGCCAAGGAGAAGCAGGAGCAGGAGGAGGCGCGACGCACCGUCCAAGAGGCCCCCAGGACCCCGUCCCCCGUCCCCGUCCCCGCCGCCAGCCCCAGCCCCACCCCCCCAGUCCAGCCCACUGCAGCCCCAGUGAUCCAGAAGACGGAGGACUUGUCCCCUGAUGCUGCAGAGAACGGAGAGCAGCUGUACGAGGAGCCCCAGGACCUUUACUCCUCCCAGCCGGAGGAGCUCUAUGAGACCCCCGACGACACCCCAGCAGCAGGAGGAGGAGGAGAUGACCAGCAGUACGAGUACAGCGAGGACCUGGGGGUGACGGCCGUGGCUUUGUACGACUACCAAGCAGCCGGUGACGAUGAGAUUUCCUUCGAUCCCGACGACAUCAUCACCAACAUCGAGAUGAUUGAUGAGGGCUGGUGGCGCGGCGUCUGCAGAGGCGCUUACGGCCUCUUCCCAGCCAACUACGUGGAGGUCCGGCAAUAAAUAAAAAAAAAAUUUAAAAAAUGAUUAAAAGAUGAGGGGAGACGUCUCCACGCUCCUCCGCCUUUUCUCUGUCUUCAGCUCAUCUUCGGCGUCCUCAGGCUCCUCCUCCGCUCCUCCUUUCAUCCCUUUUUCUUUCAGACCACGUCUCUACGAGGAGGACGAGUCCUCUCACACUGAACUCAUUAUCUGGAUUUAAGAGCUGUGUAGUUGUGUUUCCAGAUGUUGUUGCUGCUUCUUCUUCUUCUCACCAAAGACCAGAGCAGCAGUUUGGACCAAACCCCUCAAACCUUCUCCUCCUCCUCCUCCUCCUGCUCCUCCUCCUGCUCCUCUUUGCUUCUGUCUGUGGAGAAGAUCUUUGCUGUUGUUGCACAGGAGUUUAAAUUCAUCCCGAAGCUGCACUUGUUGGAAUCAAACAACGUUUUAGAGCUUGGUGUGAUACGAGAAACGAUAAAUAGCUGCAGCGGAACGGGACACAUGACCAGACCAGACCGAAUCCAAGUCUCUGUCUCCAAAACUAAUCAUUGUUUCUAAUGAGCGGUUCAGUUGGAGCUUCAACAGGCGUCUGUGUGUGAAUGAAUGAAUCAAUGAAUGAAUGAAUUUCUUCAUCUUUUGGGGUUUUAUAUAAAUAAAAAGUGACCUUUCAAAUAUUUUUUUUUUUCAGUUUCGCUUGAGUCGCGUCAUCACCUGCUUGUUCUUUGUUUUUCUUCUUUUUUUUAAGUUUCAAUAAAUAAACUAUAAAUAAAAGUGUU